GGAGACGCUGACAAACCAAGAUGGCGGCGGCGGCGGUGAAGGCCGCGGCAGUUGGGACUUAACUGUAGUGGUGAAGGCUGCGGUAGUUGGGAAGUAGCCGCAGAGUUUGGAAGGAACAGAGAAGGACGAAGAGGCGGUAACAGUAGUGUCAGCCUGAGACUCUUAGAACACGGCAGCCACACGCCCCCUAAGGCCCUCGGCGGGCGGCGUCCGCCCCUCUUAGGGCCUAGUCUCCGAGAAGUGCCUCGGUUUCAAACAGCGGCGGCGCCAUGAGUCCUUAAGGGUGGCCUGAGCCCUCCUGAUCCCUGGCCCAGUCUUCGGGCCCACCAUGGAGCCGGGGUCCGACGACUUCCUACCGCCGCCGGAGUGCCCGGUGUUCGAGCCUAGCUGGGCCGAGUUCCGAGACCCUCUUGGCUACAUCGCGAAAAUCAGGCCCAUCGCCGAGAAGUCGGGCAUUUGCAAGAUCCGCCCACCAGCGGACUGGCAGCCACCUUUUGCUGUGGAAGUAGACAACUUCAGGUUCACUCCCCGAAUCCAGAGGCUGAAUGAGCUAGAGGUGAGAAGACUAGCACCUGGUGGUGGGGUUUGGAGAAUGGAUACUUGAGCUCUGAUCCCACUUCCUUCAUACCUUCUUUGGCUAAGGGACUUGAUCUUUUGUGUGCCCAGGGCAUGGAGAAAGCUUUAGGGCUCUAAAUAUAACUAAGCACAGGGGCAUUUAGCAUUUCUGGUUUGGUAGCCCAGAGGCUAGAGAUGUCUCUUUUCCCCAAAAGUUUGCUACUUCUGAAGCUACCCUGUCAACAAAAAGGAAAUAUGGGGCUGACUGUGAGACCCUUCCUUUGCUAGCUGAGCGUUGCCUCAUGUUUCUAAUUCAUCCAUAGCCUUAUGUUUCCUACCUUCCUUCCAUGGUGCUUGGUAAGUUGGGGGCAAGGUGGAAGGGCAAGAACAACCUUGGAACUGGUCUGUGUAGAGGCUGGAAUGGCUAGAGACUUGGGUAUGGGUUAGGCAGGUAGCUUUUUCCCUCUCUGUAUAGGAAGUCCAGAGCCAUUUGUGUGGACGGCAGGAUUCUUCACAAGAGACUUCGGAAUGUCCUGGGGUAAUUGAGAGUGGGUGCCCUGAAGCCAGUUCUACAUAAAGUCUUGAAGUUUUCCAUGGAAGAUAGAGUUAGACACAUGCACCCAUUGCCCCUCCAUUUUCAUGUAUUCAUAAGCUUUACUAGAUGUUCUAGAAGGGAUCGGACUCAGCUAGAUACCCAUAACCCAAAUGCUUACUUGUCUUUGAGACCAGACUUCCUUAAUCUUAGCAUUAUUGACAUU